ACAGCAAUCUGGAGCCGAUGACUAUGUCCAAGAUCUCCGGUGACAUGUAUGAUGACUCUGACUGCAUCUGUUCCUAUGGGAUGAAACUCACCUGGGACAUCAAUGACCCCAAACUCCCGCAGGAUCUGAAGCAGUUUGACAGUUUCCAGGAGUGGACAGAUGGCUAUGUUCGAUAUAUAUACAUCGGGGAGGAUAAAAAUGCUCAGCGUCAUCUCAGUGGAUGGGCCAUGAGAAAUACUAACAACCACAAUUGUCAGAUCUUGAAGAAGUCUUGCCUGGGUGUGGUGGUGUGUAGCCGAAAUUGUACAUUGGCUGACGGUGGAAAGCUACAGCUCAGGCCAGCAAUCUGCGACAAGGCACGACAGAAACAACAAAAAAAGUUGUGUAAUAACUGCAAUGCAGCUUUGGAGUUGAUCCCUUGCCGAGGUCACAGUGGUUAUCCAGUCACUAACUUCUGGCGUCUUGAUGGAAAAGCCAUAUUCUUUCAGGCAAAGGGAGUUCACGAUCACCCUAGACCAGAAAGUAAAACAGAGACGGAAGCUCGGAGAAGUGCUGUGAAAAGACAGAUGUCAUCAUCCCACUUGUCCCAGAAAAAGAAGCUUCUGGAAUCUGAGGUGGGCAGAUACAAUGAUAGUGGUGGACAUUUUUCCAACAUCCAUCCUAUGUCUUGCUUAGAUGGACCAGAGCGUUUCGGUCUUGUACCAGAAGGAAGUUUUCCUCUUGCACCUCAACACUACCCCUCAUUUCAGAACACAGACCCCUUUAAACCGAAUUACGGCACAGUAGGUUACCAAGGUGAUUCUGUUUCCACAUUUUCAAAAUGCUCUGAGAGAAUAUACAUGCCGAGAACACCAUGCGGUUAUGAUUUCCAUGUCCCUGGUUACAUGACUCCCAAUGCAUACCCUCCAUUAUACAAGGAACCCAUGGGAAGUCUGCCAGACAGUGAUCGAGCUCCGAUAAAUGGACCUCAGACCAAUCUUGGCAUGCUGAGCCCCCACGAAAGGAAUUUUGAUGGUACCGGUAAACAUCACGGAUGGAAGCAGAUAUUUUCCAAACCUGGAUAUGCUGACAGAAGUGACUAUGGUCACAUUCAGACAAAUGCUGGUCAUUCUUAUUACAAUCCUGAAUACCCAUGUAGAUAUGCAAGAUCGCCAUCUCCAGCUUUACAGACUGUUAUAACAACUACCACCAAAGUUUCUUAUCAGGCCUACAAACCUCCAGUGGUGAAGUACACUGACAAUGUAUGUGAUGUCAAGGCUUUGCAAAACUAUACACAUUUACAAGACAGCUUGCCAGAAGGGAUCUUUCCUGAUGUGAAAGCCCAAGAUGACUUGAGUGUAAUCAAAACACCAUUGGGCUACCAAGAGCAGAUUCCUACAAAGUCUGAAAGACUCGACAACUUGGACUUUUACAAAUAUGGUCAAUGUAUGAGUAAUGGCUUCUCAGGACAACCCUAUAGAUAUGAAAAUGGAGAGUGCUGAAAAAGGAAAAUAUACAGUUUUAGCUUGUGUUUCAAGUUCAAAAGUUCCUGUAAUUUAAGACACCGCAUAAUUGUAUUAACUAGCUCAGAACAAAAUGUUGUGAUGUUACAUUUUACGAGGUGCUCCCGCAAAACAUUCACGUAGGGUCAAUUCAAAUGUUAACAAGGUAGUCUAGGCAAACAAAAAAAAAAUCAAACAUUUACAAUUAUGCAUUCAUUUAAAAAUCAUUUUAUGUAUAUUAAAAUAUUGUUAUUAUGACUGCCUGAACUCUUUGUUAUCUUCCCACAAUCCCUUAAACAGAAAAAAUUACAUAUAGGGAGGUCUACUUACAGCGGCCUAUUGCAUAGCAUAGUGCUGGUGAUUUGAUAUGAUCAGGCAUCAGAGUCCAGAGGGUAAUCUAAACUCAUCAGUGUGAUAAUGUCCAUUCAUUGGCCAAUCAGCAAGUGGGUUACACAGCUUCUAAAGUAAAUAUUGCUGUUAACCUGUAGACAAUAUAGUUUGGCAGAUGUGUGCUAACCACAAGACUGACUGAAGAGGAUUAAGCCUCGUACACACGAUCGGAUUUCUGUCAGACAUAGGACUUUAGUUCGAAGGGCGUUGGCUCUGAACUUGUUCUGCAUAUAGACGGCAAAACUUUGUCAGCCAACAAAUACAAAACUACGUUGUGUGUACAGUAUGGGCCUUUAGAAAUACUUUGGAAAAUUAAACAGUUAUCAAAUUUGUAUUUCAAUGAUGUAUUUAGCUGUUCGGCAGGUGUUCUGCUUUAAAUCAUUACAUUACAAAGGACAAACAAUUUAUAAAACUAUAGAAUGUUUUAACAAACACUUUUCAUUAUUUCAGCAAAUGUGUUCUUAUAAACUGUACAGUGGAAGCACAGGAAAAUUUAAAACAUGGGCUACAAUAAUAUCAUUGACAAAAAUGUUAAUGUUUUGCACUUUUCUAUGCAGGUAGGCUGCCCCUUGUUUCAACAUAUUUUUAUGUGGGGUAUUCAGUGAGAAACAUUUUACCAUGUGCAGAAUAUCCUUAUUUAAGGCUGACACAAAGGGUUGAUUUACUAACGGCAAAGAACUUUCACCAGAGCUGAGCGAAUGAAGUGAAGCUCUGUUGACUUCCAUCAUCCAUUUAUGUGCAAGCAAAUAUAAAAAAAAUUAUUUUGAUUGGGUAUUCUUUGAAAUUUCACCACUUUCACUAAGCUCUGGGGGAAAUUCCUUUGCAAAUUACAACCUCCCCUGCAAACUGAACAGCCUUUUUGCCUUUAGGAAAUAAACUCUAGAAUGUAUCACCAAAAUUAUAAGUGACUGCCACAAUAAACAAGGUGCGCAUCAUCAAAAGACAUACCAAGUUCUAUACUGUUGAGGUUUACUAAAAGCUCCCCAACCUGUCCUAGAACUGGAUUUUUAUAGGAUGACUUUUGUGUGCAAGAAAAGGUCCUACAAGCACAUCAUUUAAGACCGUGGUAACUUUUUCCAUAUGUUAUUCUAGUGCAGAUUAGGAGAAAAAAAUAGUUUAUUAGGGGAAGUGUUUGUCAUAUCCACUAAAUAUGGAAAAGGGUUAUAUAUGUGUUUGAAGUGAACUAGCCAAAAGCUGCCCCUGUAAAACCACCUGAUGUGAUGUUCGUAAAAAGGAAUGGGUCAUUUAUGGGCACACCUUGGGUGUAACAGUGAGUACUACCAAUGUUGGAAGUGGACAUUAACAAGAUUUUUCCAAAAAUAAGAGACCUGCCCAAAGCUUUCAACUCCCAUUAAGAAUAGGGAAAAGAAUACUGAACUAUGCAUGCAUCACCUCGAUCCAUCAGACACGUCAGGCAAGUGGUGGGUCCUGGUUCGAUUAAAGUAUAUGUAAACCCUAACCAAAUAGCAUUUAGUUUGCCUAAGCACAGUAACAAGUUCCUUUUUUAAUAAAAUAAUUGUUUUCACACUCUUGACAUUUUUUGUUAAAUCUCGGUGAUCUCCGGCAACCUUUUUGCAACCAUUUUCUGUGUCCAUCCCUUCAGUGAUGAGACUGCAUGUCUUUUCUUUGAGGUGGAUUAUCCUGAUAAUGAAAAUAGUGUACUGCCUACAGUUUGUGGAACGGGCCACUGGUAGUCACCAUUAGAAGUCUAUGUGACAAAUGCAGGAGCACAAUAGGAAAAUAGGGACGGAAUGUUGACAUCAUAUAUCAGGACGUUUUUUGAAGGACCGUGAUGGAAACAUCACCAGGUAUUACUUUAACAAAAGCUGAAGAUAUAAAAAUAUUAUAAAUUACUUUUAAAUUUCAGUAUGGUAAUCUUAUAGGAGAUUUUAGCGACAGCGUUUACAUACUUUAAGCAAUGGUAGUUAUCUCCCACUUGUCAUCCUAGGGAGAUGCCUGUCUAUGGUAAUUCUUACUUUUUUUUAUUAAAACCUGUAUUUAAUAUAGCUUUACCAUCCCAUUUUAUUAUUUGGAAAAUGAAGGGUGACCAUAUAUUCAGUGGAAGCUUAAAUAAGUGUCAUGUCCUGUGUGAAACAAUUCCAUAUCCACUACUGUCUUGUGGGUAUAAAAAAAAACAUAAGUAUAAUGUGUAGCAUCAUGCAGCUACAGCAAAUUAAUGGUGACAUGAAGACAACAGUAAAGAGUAACAAACUCAGGAAGUUGGGUCUAGGAAUGCUCCCAGGAAAAGGCAAACAGUUAUGUGGAAUCUGGAAGCACUUUCUUCACUGUGGUUCUAUGCUAGUACAUUUUCAAUUAUAGAAUAUGUUAUAAAGUUGAUCACAAAACCCAAAUAUGGCGCUCUCAAUAAACCAUUCAUUUUAAGCAUAAAUAUAAUUUUUGUACAUAGUAACCAUGUAAAUGACUUUAUUGUUAUAUACUGAAUUUAUUUGUAUGUUUUGUAUAUAAAUUUUGCUAAUAAAAAAAUAUUAAUAUUUGAAUUA